ACACGUGAUGUUGACGGAAAAGGACGUGAUGUUAGGAAAUUCCUUUCGUUGAGUUUUGUUGAAGCCUGUCUGGUGUGGUCUCAAAGCUCUUUUGGUUCACCGCAUCUACGUCCUUCAAAAUGGAACAGACCAAGGCGAAGUGUAAGUGUAAAAGAAUCAAAGACAAGGCUAAGAAACUUUUCACAUGGGGACGACAGUCAGAGGAAAAGAGCAGUAAGAGUAACAAGUCAGAUGACACAGGCCAUACAGUUGGUUCAACUGUAUUAGAUGAUGUUGUUUCACCUGAAAGAGGUGAUGUUGAUCUUCCAUCUGAUCAUGAUAUUCCACUCUGUGAUACUGUUGCUCUUCCGUUAGAUGGAGAUACACCCCUAGCCACUGAGGAAAAGCUCCUGAAAGAUAUGUGUACGAAAGGUCAUGAACGGUUGGUUGUUCUUUUGCAACCAUCAUGUCCACUUGGAAAUGAUUACCGGUUAUUGGCUGCAAAAAUGGGAUAUACAAAUGAAGAUAUUAAGCAUCUUGAAAGUUCACAUGAACCUGUGAAAGAAUUGAUGAUAAAAUAUGAUACAGGGAGGAGAACAAUUGCAGAACUGGUAUCACUUUUACAGCAAAUAGACAGACCAGAUGUAGUACAGGACCUUCAGCCAUAUAUAGAUUCAACACUUACUCCAAGGGAGAUACAAGAGCGAAUGCAUCUGACCAAUACCAAUGUUGUACAGAGGACAGUUAAAACUUUUUAUCAUGCAUUUGUCUGCUUUGCUGACGAAGACAAACCUUUUGUGGACAAACUUGUCAAGAAAAUGGAAAAUAAACGUAAUCUACACCUCUGUUGGCCUGAGCGGGACUUUUUACCAGUUGGCUCUCAUCUUGAAACAACUGCUUUGGCAAUUGAGCGAAGAUGUAACAAAUUUAUUGUGAUCCUGUCGCAAAAUUAUGAAAAUAGCCAAGGAGCCAUAUACCAGGCACAAAUUGCCACGAGUCUUGCACCAGGUGCCAAAGAGAAGCGAAUUAUACCAGUGCUCAUUGAUGAGGGUUAUAGAUGCAGUAUUCCGCGAACCCUUUCUCACAUUACUUACCUUGAUUACCUCAGGCAGGAUGAGAGAAACUUCUGGAAUCUGUUGUGCCAAACUCUCACGUGCACUAUUUGAAUUUAAGCAUUUUGUACAGAAUGUUAAAUCUGCUGCGUGAUUUUGGUCCUAGAUGCUGAGUUUUCCUCAAUUUAUUUUUAUUGAAGGCCUUUCAAGGGUGGACACUUAAGAUGCUGGAAAUUCAAGUACUCAAUGUUUGAUUGGUAGCAUAGGGGGCUCCUAAUCCUGUUUCACACUUGAAUUUUUAUAGAAAUUCAUGCAUCACUUGUACUUUAAUCCUUUAACUCCCAAAAUCUGAUUGUCAAUUCUCCCUUCUAUCUUCAACUCAUUCCCUUGUAAAUUAGUUCCAAGAAUUUGGUGAUAGAUCAAGAUAUCAACUUCUACCUGUCUAAGUUUGAGUAUUCUCAUGACCUGUGUGCUGGAUGAUGUUUAGAUAUUAUUGGGAGAAGUUACAUGUCAAUCACUUCUGGGAGUUAAAGGGUAAAUCUAUGUGGGCUUAAUCAUGUAUCAUAUGUUUAACAAUUGGUUCAUAUGUCAGCAUGUGUUCAUCAAGAUAUGAAACAUGCGGGAAGCUUGGAGAGCAUGAAAGUUGUGUAAGAGUUGCUUGAGGCCUAGCACAGCUGAUGUAUGAACCUAUUGUUUUAUAACAUUUUCCACCCAAUGGAAAAAUUUUUUUUCUCAAGGGAUUUGUUUGCUGACGUCAUGAGCAUGCACAAUAGGAAUAUGAAGCAUGCUCGUGCAAUUGAAUUUGAUUAGAUGAAUUUAUUAGCUGUGUUAUAAAAACCCUUUGGCAUCCUCUGUUUGAAGGUGUGAGUCUGUUGAUGUACUUAAUAUCCAAAACCACCCUCUACUCCCAACCUUUUCUUCCCAUUUUAGCACUGUGCAAAGAACCUUAAAAAGCAGUGAAAGUUGAAUUAAUGUGAACUCAAAAGUGGCAAAUAUUUGCUGAAGCAAGAAAUUCCUUUAAACUCUUAGGCUCUUGUGAAAACUAAAACCAGAAAUAAAUUAGGAAUGUCAACUCUGCUGAAAUGAAUAAGCCAGUGAAGCAUGAGGAGGAAACACAGUCAACAAACACAGUAUCCUAGUAAAUUCACAUGAGUUUAUUGUCAGCAUAUGUCUGUGGGCAUCCAAUGUAACUGGCCAUAACACAGUAAGCUUUCACAAAAUCUAUUGGGUAGCAAUGGUUUCUGAGUGUAAUAGCAGAGGUGUAGAAUAAGUGUAGAAAAAAAAUAGUGUUGUGAUCAUUCAGGUUGGAUUUUUUGAAAUUUUAGUUCUGCCCUUUGGUCAUUUUCAGUCAUUUUUUUCAAUCAUUCUAUAUAUCACUAGUGUUAAAUUUUGAUUUUAUCAAUUUAUCUGUUUCAGACAUAGUUAUUGAAAGUAUUUGAUGGUCUCAGUUUAUAGGCCCAAGAUCCUUUACUGUUUUGCAUUCAUGAGAAGAAUUUUCUCUUUACUUAAUUACUACUUUAUAUCUUGAAGAAACUGUUAAGAGUUUGUGAUUCAUAAGUUUAUACAUUGUAGAUUAGGACCUGGUUGUUUGAAGGCUGUAGAACUUUAGCCAGUGGGUGAAUUGCUAUCCAGUGGACACCACAUUAUGUUUUGUAAAUACUUAUUCAUUGGGUGGUGAUUUAUUGAGUGGAUAGAGUUAUCUAGUCUCUGAACAACCAAGAUUAGGAUGAUAUAAUCAUGAAAUGAUUAAAAAAAAAUGCAAUUUCUAAAACAGUUCUGUGAAACUUAGAAAUUUACUAUAAUACACAAAUUUGUUUGUGUCAGACCAUUGUGAGAAUAUCUUUAUUACUACAAUUACAAAUUUAUACACUGAUGUAUGAAUGCAAUGAGAUUCUUCAGCAUUUGUAAAUACUGCAUACCAAAAAUGGUGUAAAUAUUUUAUUUCAAAACAUUUUAUGAUUAUUGCCUUAUGUUCAGAAUUAUUUUUAUGCCUUGUUUAAUUUAGGAUAUGUAUUUUGCUUAAUUGGUAACAACAUAGUGCAAUAAAAUGUGUGUAUAUU